GGAGCGGCGCGCGGCCGAGUCCCAGCCCCACCUCCGCGGCGCCCGAGCCGAGCGGUGGCCGCACCCCGCGGCCAGAAGCCGGGGAGCGCUCGGGCCCGCCGCGGCCCCGGGAAGAGCGGGAGAAGGAACUUUCUUCGAGCCGCCCCGCACUUUGGGGUGCGGCGGGCAGGCUCCGCAUCCCGGCUUCCCGCCCUGGGACCGCGCGCGCAUCCCUGCUUCCCCGCGCCGCUCCAUCCUUUCCUCCGAGCGUCGCGGGGGUUGCAGCCGCCGGGUCCCCCCUCCCCCCUUCCGACCCCUCACCCCCUGCAAAGGCCGGGUUCGAGAGCCGAACCGGAGCCGAGCGCGCCCGGACGGGGUGUGUGCGCUCAGCGCUCGGGGCGCGCGGGAUGCAGGCGCUCAACAUCACCCCGGAGCAGUUCUCCGGGCUGCUGCGGGACCACAACCUGACGCGGGAGCAGUUCAUCGCCCGCUACCGCCUGCGCCCGCUCGUCUACACCCCGGAGCUGCCCGCGCGCGCCAAGGUGGCCUUGGCGCUCACGGGCGGGCUCAUCUUCGCGCUGGCGCUCUUCGGCAACGCGCUGGUGCUCUCGGUGGUGACCCGGAGCAAGGCCAUGCGCACCGUCACCAACAUCUUCAUCUGCUCGCUGGCCCUCAGCGACCUGCUCAUCGCCUUUUUCUGCAUCCCCGUCACCAUGCUGCAGAACAUCUCCGACCACUGGCUGGGGGGCGCCUUCAUCUGCAAGAUGGUGCCCUUUGUCCAGUGCACGGCCGUCGUGACAGAGAUCCUCACGUUGACCUGCAUCGCUGUGGAAAGGCAUCAGGGGCUGGUGCACCCGUUCAAGAUGAAGUGGCAGUACACCCAGCGCAGGGCCUUCAGCAUGCUUGGUGUGGUCUGGCUGGUGGCGGUCAUCGUGGGCUCGCCCAUGUGGCACGUGCAGCGCCUGGAGAUUAAGUAUGACUUCUUAUAUGAGAAAGAACAUGUCUGCUGCUUGGAGGAGUGGGCCAGCCCCACGCACCAGAAAAUCUACACAACCUUCAUCCUUGUCAUCCUCUUCCUCCUGCCCCUGAUGCUGAUGCUUAUUCUGUACAGUAAAAUCGGUUAUGAACUGUGGAUUAAGAAAAGAGUGGGCGAUGGCUCUGUGCUUCGAACGAUUCACGGGAAGGAGAUGUCAAAAAUAGCCAGGAAGAAGAAGCGGGCUGUCAUUAUGAUGGUGACUGUAGUGGCUCUCUUUGCUGUGUGCUGGGCACCUUUUCACGCCGUCCACAUGAUGGUUGAAUACAGUAACUUUGAAGAGGAAUAUGACGAUGUCACCAUCAAGAUGAUUUUUGCUAUAGUGCAAAUCAUCGGAUUUUCCAAUUCCAUCUGUAAUCCUAUUGUUUAUGCGUUUAUGAAUGAAAAUUUCAAGAAGAAUUUUUUAUCUGCAGUUUGUUACUGCUUGAUGAGAGAAACCUUCUCUCCAGCCCGUAGGCGUGGGAAUUCAGGAAUGACUCUGAUGCAAAAGAGAACAGCAUUUUCCAGGCGAGAAAAUCAUGUAGAAGAGACCAAAGGAGAAGCGUUCAGUGAUGGCACAAUUGAAGUAAAGUUGUGUGAACAAUCAGCAGAGAAAAAACGUCUCAAGCGACAUCUUACCCUAUUUAGUUCGGAACAGUCUGAACAUUCUGCUUUAGGCAGCAGUGGGCAUUAGAUAUAACACUAUUUUCAUUAUUCAUUAUUCAUGUCAUUCAUGUCUUAACUUGGAGUGAAAAUUAUUUUGUGCAAAGAACAAGUUUUUUUAAAAAAAAUUCUUAGCAUAAUGGAAAAAAGGGACCUCAGACCAUGUUCCCACCCAAAUGAUGACAAUUCUACACAAAACCACAUUUUGAAAAAGAAAAUGAAAGUACCAUCCUGACAGGCCAUAACAAUGAAUUUUACAAAACUCUUGUGCAGAAACAACUGAGCUUGACUAUAAAUUUUAUCUGCCUGCAGUCAACAUAAUGUGGCUUCCUGUAUAUUGCCAACUGUUUCUUCUUGCAUACAUUUAACAGUGAAUCCUAUCGUGAAAGUUAGUGCCCUGUUGAAUUUCAGUGAUACAGUCUCUUGCAAAUGAAGUUUGUCCAAGAGUCAUGAAGUUGAAGAAGAUGGAAAUGGCAGGUGGGUGGGGUUUAGGUGCAGGGGUCUGGCCAGAGCUGCUUUACAGCUCUGUCAGCUACCAUGACUGUGGCGACCAGCAAGUCACUGACCCUCUGCCAGCUUCCCCCACUUCCUGUGUCCAUACAGCAGAACCUCCUCUCCUCCAUGAAGUGGCUGCAGAAAUGGGUGGGACCUGAACAGCAGGGCACUGCUCAGUUCCCCACAGCAACCUCUGUGUCUGAAACAUGAGGUUAGUUCCUCACCUCUCUUUGAUUUCCAUUUCCUCUCAGAAACUUGCCACAACUCUGUUCAGCUUUCUCAGUGGAGUAGCUGAGAGAGGGAGUCACUUGCAGGACCUGUAACUUGAUGGUACCCAUCAGGAAAAGUGGACUCCCCACCCACAUUUCUUAUCUAACUCCCCUUUAUUCUCUCUCUUUUCAGAAAGUCCCUCUCUUUUCAUUUUUUCUUCUUCCUCCCAAACAUCAUGGCCCAAUGACCCCCAUCCUAGUGCCCUAUCCCUUCCUGUCAACAGUUGUGAUUCCCCCAAACCCUGUCAUAGCCCCAUUGCCCAUGUGUUAGUUUUCCAACAUUGAUGCUUCUAGGCAGGUGACAUAAAGGCAGAAAAGCUCACAAACGUUCAGGGCAUUUCAUUUGUAAAGCUUUAAGAGUUGGGAUCCAGAGAAAGAACUCAGACAAUUGGGAUUUCUUGAGACAAAAUUACUUCUUUGUGUAUAUGUGCUAAUCUAAGCAUGUACUAAAAUACAAAGAUGAAACACCAUGUUUUCUAUUAAAGAAACAAAUACCUGCAUGUCAGGAAAAUUAACAAAGGCAAAAUGA